GUCGACAAGUCACACCUCCCACACACCGGUCUACUACAUCGCAACUUGCUCUUCCCCUUCCUCCUACAUCAAACAUCUAAUCAAAAUGGGCGGCGAAGGAUGGUUGUUCCUCUUCGCGGUCAUCAUGGCCGCGGUGCUCCUCUUCACCAUGGUCUUCUUUAUCAUCAUGUUCUCGGACCUUGAGUGCGACUACAUCAACCCCAUCGACCUCUGCAACAAGCUCAACCAAUUCGUUCUCCCAGAAAUGAUUGCGCACGCCUUCCUCACCCUCCUGUUCCUGUUGUCUUCCCAGUGGCUCGCGUUCCUCCUCAACGCACCGCUCGUCGCCUACAACGUCAACAAGAUCUUGGGCAAGAACCACAUGUAUGACGCCACUGAGAUUUUCCGUACCCUCUCUGGCCACAAGAAGGAGUCGUUCAUCAAGCUCGGCUUCUACCUCAUCUCCUUCUUCUACUACCUCUACCGCAUGAUCCUCGCUCUCAUCUCUGACAGCGAGUAAGCGGGUCGCCACUGGCUUAACAGUGGUGGGUGGGUGGACUGGCGAGUUGCCACACCCCCGACGCGUGUCGUGCGUAUGGCAGUGACGACGCGUUUGUGGUCGCCACGUUCCACCCUGUGCCUGCUGAGCGAGAGAGAGAGUCGAGACGAGUAGAGAGAGGCCAUGCAUCAUCCUGCGUGGGCCGGGGGAGGGGAGCGCAUGUGGAUGGAUGAGUUUGGGACUCAUGACGACGACCUGUUAGAUCUGCUACUUUAUGCUUUGGUAGCCAGCCCCGUAAUGGACCGUUUUGGACCCAGAUGAGCGGAGACGAUGGGCUUGGCGGUGGGGUUCGGCCCGCCAGUUGGGCCAUGGCGGCGUUGCGUGCAAGCGGUAAGCGGAUGGACGCGGAUCUUGACGACGUCAAGCCAAGCACCCGACGAAGCCGACGACCCACGCUGAGCAGUCGCGGCUCGGAG